GAAGAUGUCUGCCCAGAGAUUAAUCUCUAACAGAACGUCCCAGCAAUCUGCACCUAAUUCUGAUUACACCUGGGAAUAUGAAUAUUAUGAGAUUGGACCAGUUUCCUUUGAAGGACUGAAGGCUAAUAAAUAUUCCAUUGUGAUUGGAUUUUGGGUUGGUCUUGCCGUCUUCGUGAUUUUCAUGUUUUUUGUGCUGACUUUGCUGACAAAGACAGGAGCGCCACACCAAGACAAUGCAGAAUCUUCAGAGAAGAGAUUCAGAAUGAAUAGCUUUGUGUCAGACUUUGGAAGACCACUGGAGCCAGAUAAGGUGUUUUCUCGACAGGGCAAUGAGGAAUCCAGGUGUCUCUUUCAUUGCUACAUCAGUGAAGUGGAACACUUGGAUAGGGCUAAAGCUUGUCACCAGACCACAGCCCUUGACAGCAGUGUUCAACUCCAGGAAGCCAUUAGAAGCAAUGGGCAGCCAGAGGAGGAGCUGAACAGGCUUAUGAAGUUUGACAUCCCCAACUUUGUGAACACAGACCAGAACUCCUCCUUUGGGGAGGAUGAUCUUCUGAUUUCAGAACCACCUAUUGUUCUAGAAAAUAAGCCAGUUUCCCAGACCUCACACAAAGACCUGGAUUGAGAAACUACUCUGUAAAGUGUCUUCCUGAAGAUGUUGGCUCUGUCUUUGUAAACCAAGAAAUCUCCAUUCACUAAAAAUGUUUGUGUGGGUGGAUGGGAGGGUUAUGAGAGACAGACAGAGACAGAGACAGAAAGAAAGAGAGAAGAGAGCCCCCUCAGAAAAGAGCUGAAUAAUCUGAGU